UACUCUCAUAUUCCAUUCUGUCCAGUGAGUUUGCUUUUCGGUUAUUCUUCACACUAACCAAAGCAAAACCAUGGAACCACCAAUGCGACAACCACCUCCGCCGCGUUCCUCCGCCGCUACGACCAUCCUCGGCAAAUACCAGGUCAUCCGCCUCCUCGGCCGCGGAAGCUUCGCGAAGGUCUACCAAGCCCGCUCCCUCAUCGACGGCACCAUCGUCGCCGUCAAAAUCAUCGACAAAUCGAAGACCGUUGACGCCGCCAUGGAACCUCGUAUAGUCCGUGAGAUCGACGCCAUGCGCCGCCUCCACCACCACCCCAACAUCCUCCGCAUCCACGAGGUCAUGGCGACGAAAACCAAGAUCCACCUCGUCGUUGAGUUCGCCGCUGGCGGCGAACUCUUCUCCGCCAUCUCCCGCCGUGGGAAGCUCCCGGAGAAUACAGCUCGCCGCUACUUCCAGCAGCUGGUCUCCGCUCUCCGAUUCUGCCACCGUAACGGCGUCGCCCACCGCGACCUCAAGCCGCAGAAUCUCCUCCUCGACGCCGCUGGUAACCUCAAGGUCUCCGACUUCGGACUCUCCGCCUUGCCGGAGCAUCUCCAGAACGGGCUCCUACACACCGCUUGCGGUACUCCGGCGUACACCGCGCCGGAGAUUCUCCGUCUCAGCGGCGGAUACGAUGGCUCCAAGGCCGAUGCAUGGUCCUGCGGCCUCGUCCUCUUCGUCCUCCUCGCCGGGUACCUUCCCUUCGACGAUUCCAACAUCGCGGCGAUGUACAGGAAGAUUUCCCGGCGAGACUACCAGUUCCCGGAGUGGAUCACGAAGCCGGCCCGGUUCGUGAUCCGCCGGUUGCUCGACCCGAACCCGGAGACCCGUAUGAGCGUGGAGGAUCUGUAUGGGAACUCAUGGUUCAAGAAAUCGCUGAAGGUGGAAGCUGAAUCAGAGACAGAGAGUAGCACCCUCAAUUUGGAUUCUGGGUAUGGAAAUAGAGUGAGAGGUUUGGGGGUGAACGCGUUUGAUUUGAUAUCAAUGUCUUCAGGGUUGGAUUUGAGUGGGUUGUUUCAGGAUGAGGGAAAGAGGAAGGAGAAGAGGUUCACUUCUGGUGCAAAGUUGGAGGUGGUGGAGGAGAAGGUGAAGGAGAUUGGAGGGGUUUUGGGGUUUAAGGUUGAGGUUGGGAAGGAUAGUACUGCAAUUGGGUUGGUGAAAGGGAAGGUGGCUUUGGUAGUUCAGGUGUUUGAGAUUUUGCCUGAUGAGCUUCUUCUGGUGGCUGUUAAGGUGGUGGAAGGUGGGUUGGAGUUUGAGGAGAAUCAUUGGGGUGAUUGGAAAUUGGGGUUGCAAGAUCUUGUGCUCUCUUGGUAUAAUGAAUGAUCCUGGACAUGGAAUGAUGUACAGUGUGACUCAACAUCAAGAGUGCUAGCUGUUUUGACUUAGAUAAUCAUCCUUGAAUAUGAAUUGACCCUCAUGGUAGUAGUACAGAGAGAGUGUUGUUUAUGUUGUUCUUUUUGUUCUUCUUAAGCUAAAGGUGGUUGAUUUCCUGCAUCUGCAUGUGGAGUGCAGUGUACUAAGAGUAAGAAGGACCAAUUUCCUAAGGUAGAUGAUGACAAAAAAAUACAUGUAUGAUAUUGAUGCUUGAUCUUUUGUUAGAGAUACUUCUUGAUUUUGAGGUGAUAUUGGUUAUAUUGCAGGAGUAUUGACUUAUGCUGA